GCGCUGAAAUUGAAUUCAAGGAAAAUGCUCCAUCCAUUCUCUUGAAGAAGGCUUAGCCAGUCAGCUAGCAAAAUAGGGCUAUCACAUCUCGUCAAAGGUUUUCUUAGGAAAACCUCUUGGGUUAUCCUUGUUUUUGAGUUCCAACGUCUACUGGGAAGGAUGAUUAUGCCCACUUCCCCAGAAAGGUUGAAGGAAGCGGAACGAAAAGUGCUAGAACGGGUCAAAGUGUCCAUAGAGCAUGAAUUUGUUCGGGCUGGGAAUUAUAUGAUGCACGUUAUAGUAGCUGGAAGAGGAAACCGUAAAACUAUUGUACUCCUACACGGGCAUUCCAUGAGUGCAGCUUUCUUUUAUCGAAACUUGGAACAAUUGGUUUCGAUAGGUUACUGUGCUUAUGCUAUCGACCUCCUAGGUUGGGGAAGAUCUGACCGUCCAGAAUUUAAAGGAAGAACAGCAGAAGAAUCGAUUGCGUACUAUGUGGACAGCUUGCAACUUUGUUUACAGAGCGUAGACUUGAGACAGUUUGCCCUUUUGGGUCAUAGCCUUGGUGCUUACGUUGCUGUUCAAUAUACCUUGAAGAAUCCAACUUCAGUGACGAGACUAAUUCUUAUAUCUCCUGCAGGAAUAGAAAGAAAAGUUUCUCCUAUUCGUGCGCUGUACUUUGCCUUUACACCUCAGCUUCUAGUGAGAAGAGGAGGUCUCUUGGGAUAUCUGGGUUUUAUUGCUCGAUAUCCUCGACAACCCGGUUUUGUGGCGCCAGGACUUCGAAAAUUAGCGUAUCAGUUGAAUGCACAACCAAAACCGUCAGGAGACGCUGCUGUAGUUCCUCUUGUUUCUUUGAGAGGUUUCUCAAAUGCACAAUGUUUGUUUCCCUUGGUUGAAUGUAUUGAAAGGUUGAGAGUUCCUGUUCAUCUAGUUUGUGGAGACUUGGAUCCAGUUGUUAAAGUUUCUGAAGUGAAGCACUUGUAUGAGUUGUUGAAGGUUAUCAUUUCUGACUGUCAUUUUACAGUUAUUCGUGGAUCAGACCACUGUGCAUUUCUAGAAUAUCCUGACGAAUUCUUCAAUGCUGUUUUUCACGAAGAGAGACAAUCUUCCUCGACACAAUAUUCAACCUGUUGUCCAAAUGAUUUUACUGUCUCCGAUGUUUCUGUAGAAGAAGGAUCAGAAAGGGAAUAAGCUAUACAUACUUCUUUUAUUC